CGAGAGCGAAAGAGAGAGAAAGAGAAAGAGAAAGAGAGAAAGAGUGAGAGAGAGAGAGAGAGAGAGUGAGAGAGAGAGAGAGAGAGAGAGAGAGAGAGAGAAGAAUAGUGAAAGAAAGAGGAAUCCUCGAUAUCUCUCGCAUAUUCGAGAUCUGGAUACGUAUAUUAUCGUAGAAAACAAAUAGUACGAGGGAAAAUAGAAUAGAAUAGAAUAAAGAGAGAGAGAGAGAGAGAGAAAAGACAAAGAAAAAAAAAAGACAAAGAAAAAAAAAAGGAUACAAGGAAUAUGAUUGGUACGAUUGGCGAAUAGAUGGAAGAAUAUCGUUUGACUAUGGUAGACGUUUCCUGUCGUUCAAGAGUUGACAGGAAAGAAUACGCCGAUCGAUUCCUUCUAUCAUUUUCUAUCUGAUAUUUCAUGUUUGUUCGAUCUUUACUAUCCUAACAUGAAGAACGAUAGAGGAACGUUUCCAUUGAUUGUUGGUGGACCGACAAAAUCGAACCCGACGGGAUGCUGAGCGUCGUCGAUUCAACCAAAUUCAUUUUAACCUUACAAUCCUCGCCGCCGUUCAUCGUCGAAAGCAUUUUCGUUUUGGCAUUUGUUAUCCUAUUGGCUGUACCAUUGUUCGCCAAUCUAAUAUUUUAUCUCGGGAAAUCAAGGAACGAGAAUGGAUCGAACGGGAGAUGGAAUAAGAGGGAUCCGAGAAGAAGGAUAGCUACUGCUGGUUCACCCUCAGGCGGUUCAAAUAUAAAGGAAUAUCAUCAUGAAACUGGACGAGCGAGUAUUAGGAGUUCGGAGGAGCGUAUACGAAGGGCCGUUGUGAUGCAUUAUCCAGCACCAAUUCCAACAAUCGAUUCAAGUUCCAGUUCGGAUUACGAUUUAGAAUUUAACGUAGAUUCAAAUCGUAGAACAGUAUCAACGCCGAAUCUUUGUUCAAAUAGUAUCGGUGAUCGAGGUAGUCGUUACAAAUUAAACAAGGAUGACGUAGGACAAUGCGAUCAGAACAAAUUCACGGAUACAUUAAUUAAAAGAAAUAAUGAAAUAAAGGAUGUGCCGGUUGAAAGAUCAUCCUCGUUCGUUGUAACAAAUUCCGAAUUACCUAUUAUCGAUAUAUCAACUUUCAAUUACAAUGCUUACCGUCAUAAACUCAUCGAGGCGAGUCUUAAGAAACGUUAUAAAAAUCAUCAACCACCGGGCGACGUUAUAUUCAAUUCUAUACAUUUAAAUACGUCGGACUCUAUGCUCGGUAUAAGAUUGAACGACAAUUAUGAUCAUAGUUUUUUCGAUUUCAUCGAAGAAUAUUACGACGCGACCUCUGGUAUGAGCAAGAAAGAGGUAGAGUUUUUACAUCCUUUGGAUCAUUUUCUUGUUAAGGGUAUACGCAAACGAGAGACCAACGAAAUAGGUACGGAUACGAUGAAUCUUUAUUAUUCGAAAGAGACCGAUCGGGAUAGGGAGAUCGUUGAUAAUAGUUACGUAGAAUGUAAACGGAAUAAUACCAAAUCGAAGAAUAAGAAUUUUUCUAACCAAUCGAACGAUAAAAAGGAUUCGAGAAUGGCGAGCAACAAAGCGGAACCGAAGGAAUCAACGUACGGAUCGAUUGACUCGAGAAAGGAUUCCGAAUGGUUGAGGAAAGGGAGACACAUUGGAGCCGGUGGUCUGGUUGAUUCAAACUCGAUUCGAAGAAAACUACGGAGAAGUUCGAACGUCGAUCAAGUACAAACAAGGAAAUACAUUGGAUCUAAGACGAGCAAUGAUAUUGUCAAACCUCUACAUAGAAAGUUGGCAACGUCGAUCGUUAAAACUGAUAGGGAUUCCAUUAUAAACGUCAGUACGGCAAGUUCAAGCGAGUUGGAUAGUAACCGUGACGUUACGUCAAAUUAUUCACGUGAUUCCUCGGUUCCGUCUUCGAGAGAUCGUAAAACAACGAGGAAACUUCUUCCAUGGAUCAACGGUAAUCCCUCGGUAUCGUUCAAUAGAAAAUAUGGGAACAACAGGCCAGAGAAAAAGAAGACAUUCGAGAAAUCUAAAAGAGCUAAAUUACGAACUACUGUCGAACGUUCCUCUACAUUCGGUUCAAGGCCAUACUCGCCAAGGCCAAGAUCGGCAAAUUUAACUUUAACGGAGAAAGGGAAAACGAUCGAGGAUCGUACGAAGAGCGAACGUAUUGACGGUUUAAAUGCCAUAAAGAAUUACGAUUGCCUUGAAGGUAUAGGAUCGUUACGAUCGAAUUCGAAGGAAAAUGAGAUUUCUUCGUUCAAUUCGAUAAGACCGAUGAUACCUUCGAAGAACUUUGAACCAUCGACGAACAUUUCCUCGAGAUUUUUGGUACCGAAGUUUCACGGUACCUUUGAAAAUGACGAUGGAAAAUCAAGGGGUUCCCUCUGCGAGAAUGUCGUUGGCAUAAGUUCUCUAAAGUUUCAACAUGAGGAACGUGAUAAUCGUAGAUCACGUCAGGAGUCAAAGAAUAUGACGGACAAUAAUUUCGAUUUAAUUAAUUCGAUUAACGAUAAUAAAGAAAUUUUCGAGAAUUAUGGAGAACGUUCGGCGAAUUCAAAGUGUGAUGGAUCUUUCGAAAAAACGAUCGGCGAAUGUCGAACGACUACGAAAGUUUUACGCGAACGUUUCGUUAAUUCGAUCGAUGACGAAAAUGAAUCAACGAAGAACAUAAGAAACCUCCAAUCGAUUCUUACUCCUCGUAAAAAUAACAACGAGAUAUCGAUGCUCAAUAAAGUGGGUUUGAAUAUUUCGAUUAGGAAAAAGAAUACACCGAAGAAAGUGAUCACCGAGAUGAAAAAUGUCGACAAAACUCAUGAGAUCUUCACGAAUGGAAAUAGAUCAUUAAUCAAGAUGGAUACGUGUCCUCGAUCGGCCGUCGUAUCAAGAGACACUUUGAUAUUGGAUAAGAACGAUUCGCGAACUCAAAAAUCCUCGAACAUUAAUUGUCGUGACGAAAUGACAUUGGAAAAGGAAAGGCCGAUACGUCGUAGAUUGUCACGUGCCGAUUCGAAAGUUGGUUUGGCCGUUCAAACGGGUUUAAAGAAUUACAUUAAAAAGUUGAAGCAACUGUUGAAGAACGACGGUAACAUUGACACCGUCGAUUUAGCGUCUUUGAGUUUGAAGGACGCUAUAUCACCCGAACUCGAAUCGAUCCUAUCCGUUUCGGAAUUGAAAGAGUUGCAGGAUCUAUUAAAUGUAACCGAGAUCAAGUCGAAUUUGAUCGAUCAAAAUGUUAUUUAGAAAUCGUCGAACUUUUUACGAGCACAAAAUUUUUUUUCUUGCUAUUUCCUUUUUUUCUUUCUUUUCUUUUCUUUUUUUUUUAUUUUUUUACAAACACACACACACACAAAUAUAUAUAUAUAUAUACAAGCACUCGCUAACCCAAUAACAAUAAAUCGUUAUAAGAUCGAACCUGUAGGAAGAAAUUUUAUAUAAAUAUUCACGAGCUUUAUCAACGAGCUUAAUCAAUAUAUAUGUAUAUAUAUUUAUAUAUAAAUUUAUAUAUAUAUAUAUAUAUAUAAAUUU